CUCUCCCCCCUUCCCUCUCUCUUUUGGCUUAAUCCUCCCUUCAUGGUUGAUGACACUAACGUUAUUGCCGCACCAAAGGCCGCAUGCAUCCCCAACAUUUGUGAAGUUUUUAGUUUCUUAUCCACCAAACCGAAAUCGAAACCCGACAACAAGAUCUUAUCCUCUGAUGAAUAUUCGAAACGGAAGCUAUCUUGGAAGCAGCAGCCUGAAGCCGUUACGGUUGUGACCACCGACGACGUUACCUCGUGUUCAUCUCUUAAAGUUGAAUCUGAAGGCAUACAGGAGUUCUACUCCACCAAUCAAGAGGAAGAUAAUAGCAACAUGAAUGGCUUCCACAACUUCGGGUUCAACAUCAACAAUGAUUUCCACAGGGAAGGCCAUAGCCCCCACGGGAUGUUCUUCCGGGACAGGAGUCGGCGGGCCACCGAUUCCUUCAGCCACUUCACGUCGGUCCCUUCACCUCUCUCAAAGAGCGCAAGCCGCCGGAGCAAGACCCCAACCUCGCCAUCUCUUUUUAGGAACAUGAGUGGCCGGGGGAUGAAUGGUUCUGACUCCUCGCCCAUGGCCUCGAUGUCGAGGAACUCGAGUCGGAGGAGCUCGACGCCGAUUAUGUUCUCCAACUCAACCGAGAUGAUGAUGAAGCCACCACCCAUUGAGAAGAGGUUGGAGUGCACCCUCGAGGAGUUAUGCUACGGCUGCAUGAAAAAGAUCAAGGUUACUAGAGAUGUCCUCACUAAUACGGGGCAUAUAGUCCAGGAAGAGGAGUUGUUAACGAUAAAAGUGAAGCCCGGAUGGAAGAAAGGGACUAAGAUUACAUUCGAAGGAAUCGGCAACGAGAGGCCAGGGAUGUACGCCGCUGAUAUAACCUUUGUGAUCGCAGAGAAGCGGCAUGCUCUCUUCAGAAGAGUUGGUGAUGAUUUGGAGUUGGCAGUAGAAAUACCCCUGGUAAAAGCCCUCACAGGCUGUAAGAUUUCGGUCCCUCUAUUGGGCGGGGAGAAACUUGACCUCAAGGUUAAAGACAUCAUCUACCCCGGUUACGAGAAGAUCAUUGAAGGGCAAGGCAUGCCAAACCCAAAAGACCAAGGGAAGAGAGGAAACCUCAGGGUCAUGUUCCUAGUGGAGUUCCCAAUGGAGUUAGCGGAUGAGCAAAGAUCCGAGGUUGUUCGUAUCUUAAGGGAAUCCGAUGAAUGAUCCAAAGGUUUUUGCUUCCCUCUUCUUCCUUAAGCAGUUCUUGGGCGGUUGUUAUUCCAGUUCUUGUUCUGUGCUCGACGAAACUGUGUGAAGUUGUUGUAAUUAAAGUUAGCACCAGUAGAGAAUCCAUACUGUGUUCUAUAGUC